UCUGUGUCGAAAUAGGGUUAGUUUUCGAAAAGUCUGAUGUUAUGUGAAAAUAUUUCUUGUACAUUUUUGCUGUGUGAUUGGCCUUUAUUAGAGUUACAAUGGUUGUAGGGGCAUUUCCUAUCGCUAAACUAGCGGUCCUAUUAGUAAAACAGAUCAGUAAACCCAUAGCAAAUGCAUGCAAGGAAAGAGCGAAACAUCAUCCCUUUUUCAGGACUUAUGUGUGUAUGCCUCCAGCUCAAUUUUACAACUGGUGUGAAGUGAAGGCCAAAAUGUGGGUAUUGAAUCUUGGUAAACCAGUGAAUAUACCUGUUCUUAGCCAAGAAAUGGCUAUAGAGCUUGGUGCGAACCUGCUAGGCGAAGGAAUUAUAUUCGUCAUUGGUGCUGGCUUGCUGUUUAUAGAAUACAACAGACAGAGCAACAAGGAAGCAGUGAAAGAGGCAAAGCGAGAGGAGGAGAUGAAGCACAUCAACAGCACACUGUCGGAUCUGUUCUUCACUGUGCAACAACAACAGGCACAACUCAGAGAAAUGGAAAGAGUUGUUGUUGAAUUAGCCUCAAAACCAGCGCAGCCUGGGAAAGUAAAACCAUCACCAAAGAAAUCUGAUGAAGGUCCUGGAAGUGGGGCCCAGCCAGGGAAGACUCCACCGGUCACCAACUGUGACUACAUUAUAGAGAAGACACCUUUAGCACACACCCCAUACCCAAACACGGGAUUCAUUCUCAGAUCUCUUAACUACAUACAGAUGGAUGUGUUGAGCUCAUCAGCUUUUACAGGUACAGCAACCAACAAAGUAAUUGAGAAAACAGCUAAACCAGAAGGCAAGCCUGCAGUGACCACCCGCAGGCGAGACCAGGCUAUUGUUACAGGGGCUUUAAACAACAUUGAGAAUGACUUUAGGAGUUUAUUCUAAAUUAUUUAUUUGUUUUAGGAGAUCAAGUGACCGACAGUCACAACAUUUGGAUAAAUGGGGACAUGUAUAAGUCACAUCUAAUACACUUGUAAUAUUGGUUUGUAGAUCUUGUAAAUAUGUUUUUCUGUUAUUGUUUUAAAUAGCAAGCUUAACUUCUGUUAUAUUAUAACUGUAUUAAGUAUAAGACUUGUAAGCUUUCAAUAUAAUCAUUUAUCUGAACCUAACUGCCAUGCCAGUAUGAUGUAUUUAUAUCUGUUUGCUUUUAUUUAACAUUGUUUUGAUUAAAUCAAUAAAUUAUUGAGUUACACUUACACAUAUUUUUAAAUAUGUAUAAUGUACUGUUUGUCUUGUGUAAUCUUUGUAAUUUGAUAGUUAAAAGUAAGAAAGCUCUUUUUGAAAUAGAAAAUAGUCACAUACAUAAGGGAUUGUAAGAUUCAAUGAUGUAAAUAAAACUUUAAAUUACA